GCCGCCCCGGGCCAUGGCGGCGCUCGGCGUCGUCUGCCUGCUCUUCUGGGCAGCAUCCUACCCACACGCCUCGGCCUCUGGCGACGAGUUCUGGCCUGGCCAGUCGGCGGCCGACAUCCUGUCGGGGGCGGCGUCUCGCAGACGGUACCUUCUGUAUGAUGUCAAUCCCCCAGAAGGUUUCAACCUCCGAAGGGAUGUGUAUAUCCGCAUUGCCUCCCUGCUGAAGACUCUGCUGAAGACUGAGGAGUGGGUCCUCGUCCUGCCCCCGUGGGGCCGCCUCUACCACUGGCAGAGUCCCGACAUCCAUCAAGUCCGAAUCCCAUGGUCUGAGUUUUUUGAUCUUCCAAGUCUCAAUAAAAACAUCCCUGUCAUCGAGUAUGAACAGUUCAUUGCAGAGUCUGGUGGGCCCUUCAUUGACCAAGUCUACGUCCUGCAAAGUUAUGCAGAGGGAUGGAAAGAAGGGACCUGGGAGGAGAAGAUUGAUGAACGUCCCUGCCUUGACCAACUUCUGUAUUCCCAGGACAAGCACGAGUACUACAGAGGAUGGUUUUGGGGCUAUGAAGAGACAAGGGGUUUGAACGUUUCUUGUCUGUCCGUCCAAGGAUCGGCAUCCAUCAUUGCACCAGUUCUUUUAAAGAACACAUCAGCACGGUCUGUGAUGUUGGACAGAGCGGAGAACCUGCUUCACGACCACUAUGGAGGGAAAGAGUACUGGGAUACCCGGCGGAGCAUGGUGUUUGCCAAGCACUUGCGGGUGGUAGGAGAUGAGUUCAGGAGCCGCCACCUCAACUCCACUGACGAAUCUGACAGGAUCCCAUUUGAGGAGGACUGGACCAAGAUGAAGGUCAAGUUGGGUUCUUCGCUGGGGGGUCCCUACCUCGGCGUUCACCUGAGGAGGAAGGACUUUAUCUGGGGGCACAGAGAGGAUGUGCCCAGUCUGGAAGGUGCUGUGAAGAAGAUCCGCAGCCUCAUGAAGAUCCACCACCUGGAAAAGGUGUUCGUGGCUACUGAUGCUGUGAGGAAGGACUAUGAAGAGCUGAAGAAACUUCUGCCCGAAAUGGUGAGGUUUGAGCCCACGUGGGAGGAGCUGGAGCUCUACAAAGAUGGAGGCGUUGCCAUCAUCGACCAGUGGAUCUGCUCCCAUGCCAGGUUUUUUAUUGGCACCUCAGUCUCAACAUUUUCCUUCCGGAUUCAUGAAGAAAGAGAAAUCCUGGGGUUCGACCCCAAGACAACAUACAACAGAUUCUGUGGGGACCAAGAGAAAGCAUGCGAGCAGCCCACCCACUGGGAGAUCAUGUACUGAGGUGG